AUGGCGGAACAGUCGGGAAGUACUAGGGGAGCGCCGCGUCAUAGGGCUCUCAGGGCAUGUGAGCCUUGCAAGCACAGGAAAAAGCGCUGCGAUGGCACGGAGCCGUGUGUCACCUGCGUAAGAUACCAGCACAAAUGCUACUUCUCCCUCGAAUCGCAUGUUCGACUCAAGCGAGCUCUCAGUCAAACAUCCAGGCCGGAACAGACUGCCCCUAGAUCCAAUCCUGCAGCAUUGGGGACCGGACCGACUCUCAAACGGCAUGCGGAAGGCAAAGGCCGACAGCUCGGGCGGUCUCGAGAGGCCAUCUCUCGAGAAGCCCUCUCUUAUGCUUCGUCUAGCAAGUCGCUCGUAGAUAGACUACAAGCACACCGUUACGGCGAAGAAUCCGACCAGAGGAUGCAGUCCGCGCCGUUGUUGGGACCUUCCGCUGAGAAUGACGCGACUGCGACGUUGACUUCAGCUCUAUCGUUGGACCAUAUGCAACAGUUCGCAGCAACUUACUUUGAGAGUGUGCAUCCAGUAUACUCCUUCAUGCGCCCAAAUCUAGUUCACGAGAUGAUAGCUGCAAGGUUUUCCUCUCCAGGCGGGGCUCAACCAUGUGAUGCUAUUCUCUUUGGCAUAGCUGCCCUUGGCUCGCUUUUUAGCGAUGAUGUUGACGCAACCCAAGAGAAAAGGCACAUGGCUCUUGCUCGAAAUGCACAAGCCUGUCUAGAUGCUGACAUUACACGGACUUCCACACCAAGCUUCGACCUAAUAUCAGCGUUGGUGCUCAAAACGCUAUAUCUGCGCUCAACUGCCCGAACCUAUGCCACGUGGAUUACAAGCUGCACGCUCAUGCAUAGCGUCGCUAUGAUGGAGGCAGAUAUCGAAGGCCUGGAUAGUAUCGCAAAGUGUCGGGACUUAUACUUUGAGCCCCGGCGGACAUUGUGGAUCGCACGCUUGUUGAACACUUGGAUUGCAAACCAGUGUGGUCGGUCGCCAAUCAAGACUGCUUUUGAUACCUCAAUUGUACCACCGACGCCUUCCGAUCCUGUUUCUGCUACGCCAGAAGAACAGAUGAUUUACCUUUAUCAUAUCUCGGAGGAGCUUUCUCCGGAUAAUCAACCCACAUAUGAGGAAAUCGAACUCGGUAUCAUAAAGCUAGCUGCGCUCAAUUCCCAGCAGUGCCACGACGGGGUUUUGCUAUCGCGUACUAUAAUGGCUCUCUCUUUCCAUCGCGUUCUACGAUCAAGUGAGAACGCUGAUAUGGACAGGCAGACAUUCGCUCGUCUGGUUGAAAUUGGGCUUGAUGGUCUACAAGCAGCGAAGCGCCUUGCGCAGCGCCGAAAACCUUGGUGGCAUCUAGCCAAUGUUCCUUUCCAAUUUCUCUGCGCUAUGCUCGUCAUCGAUACAUCGAGCUCGUUUGCACAAAUCCCAACAGCCUUGCAAGUAUUCGAAGACGUGGCGCGUGCCAUACCUAGCUCGACGAUAACGGAAGCGUUGAAACUCGCAACGAAAUUAAUUGGUCUCUCAAAAUUGCAGAAGACCGAGCAGCUCCAACACCUCGACCAAUGCUCCGAGUCUCUUCAUCAACAUACGUCCCAGUCCGAAGCUACUUCUGACGAGGAUGUGCAGAUACAGCCUCCAGUGGCCGGGCUUUCCGUGCCAUGGGAGAUGUUCAAUAUGGAAGAACUAGGGGGGUUCAGCAGUUUCGAUUGGAGCUUACCUAAUAUGGAUAUACCUAUAUUCGAUUGCGACAUUCCAAAUCCUAUCAUUGAAUCUUAA